UUCCUGGCCCAAUGUCCGACUCUUUCCUGCCUUCAACGCAUGCGGACUGAUAUUGAAGUCGGUUUUGCCGUCAAACCGAAUGAGCCAGCAAGGGCCCCUGCUUUUUUAUGACGAGAGAGCUGGCCUUCAUCUCCCCUCGGAGCUCGCCUAAUGGGGCGCCUUAGGUGGCCAGUCCGGUAUUUAAAGGAGACCUCGACAGCUGGUGAACCCCUCAAGUGAAGCCGAACAUCGCCUUCAGCUCUUUCUUGGAUCUUUCAUUGAUAUGGACGACGUAGUCUCAUAUCAAGCCCUCCUCUUCCCACAUGACGACCGUCUGCCUCAUCUUGUUACACUCACCACAAGCCCAGUUGACACUUCCGGUGUACCGACCGCCGCGAAGCCAUUCCGCUGCGGCAAGAUACCGCAUCCCGAGGUUCUCAUGGACUACAUUGCAGUCGGCAGUGGUCUACAGCCUUGGGCCUAUAAGGUCAUUGAUAUACUCGACGGUAUGACCCAGAAACUUGCCAAACCGUAUAUCAUGUUCUAUGGCGCCAUAUCGCGCGACGGUCUGCCAUUUCCAGUGAACAAGUACUGUCAGGAACUGCAGGGUGCUGCGUUUUUCCAGGAAGACUGCGCAUGGAAGGGAAAUCUCGUCAUUGCCAAGUACUCCGACCAGGAGUAUUCUUCAAUGACGAAUAUAUCCAUAGCUGACUUCCCUCUAGUCAAGAACUUUUUGCAGACACACCGCAUGGAGUGAGAUUGGUAUUUCCGCACAUGUGUAGCCGCGCCAAAGCACUGUCGUAUUACGGUGUGGCGGCAAGUGCACCCCUCUCUGCGACUCUGACCACUUAUGCCGUUUGUUUCCUACACUUGAAAUCAUCCUCGUCAAUAUAUGUUCAGGCUUAUGUUGUUCGUUACAGUGUC